AUGAGGUUCGGGAAAGAGUUUGUCUCACAGAUGAUCCCUGAAUGGCAAGAAGCUUACAUUGAUUACGCUUACCUCAAAACCUUUCUCCGAGACAUCCAAGCUUCUCGAAAUAUUGCUAAUCCCAGCAGCAAGAACAGACCUUCCUUCGCAAGCAACCUAACCAGGCGGUACAAUCGCGUGGCCUCCUCUGUCUCUGAGAAUCAGGAUAUUGUGGUCAACACAGUGACUUGGACCAAUGACAACGAGCUAGAGACUAGGUACGAGACGGUGUUUUUGAAGGUGGGAGAAGCAGGUGGAGACUCUGAGAUUGCCUUCUUUAAAACCCUAGAUCGAGAAUUCAACAAGGUCAAUAGCUUUUACAAGUUGAAAGUAGAGACAGCGAGGACUGAAGCUCUGGCUCUGACCAAACAGAUGGAUGCUUUGAUUGCUUUCAGACGCAAAGUUAUGGAGAAGAAGAACCCUUGUCUCUCUGAUGCAGUCUCAGUAGACAUCAAUGCCUUUACUUUCGAGACUGGAUCAUCUUCAGAUACAUCCAAGUUUAAAGAACAAAGAGAAACAUUAGCUGAUCUGAUGCGAAACGAUGAAACAGCGAAGAAUGAGAGAAUAGAUCCGCAAUUGAGUGUUCUCGAGCGUAUCAGAAUGAACAAAACGCGCGAAACUCCUCUGUCCACCAUCAAAAAUAUCAUCAAGAAGCCUAAGCAAGAAGAGCUAGAAUUCACAAGACAUAAUCUCAAGAAAGUCGAGGAGCGACUUCAGAUAGCAUUCAUCGAGUUUUAUCAGAAACUUCGACUUCUUAAGAAUUACAGCUUCUUGAACACUUUAGCGGUUUCCAAGAUCUUGAAGAAGUAUGAUAAGAUUGCGGCAAGAAAUGCUGGAAAAACAUACAUGGAAAUGGUGGAUACCUCCUACCUCACCAGCUCCGACGAAGUUAACAAUCUGAUGCUAAGUGUUGAAUCUACCUUCAUUGAACAUUUUGCCAAUUCGAACCGGAGCCAAGGGAUGAACCUCUUAAGACCAAAAAUGAAUAAAGAACGUCAUCGAAUCACAUUUUCGACCGGCUUCUUCUUCGGUUGUGCUAUUUCUCUCAUAGUAGCUCUUGCUUUGCUCAUCCAUGCUCGUAAUAUCUUAGGCACACCGGGACAAAGAACUUACAUGGAAACAAUGUUUCCUCUUUACAGGUUUUUUGGGUUUGUGGUAUUGCACAUGAUUAUGUACGCUGCUAAUAUCUACUUCUGGAGGCGAUACCGUGUGAAUUACUCCUUUAUAUUUGAAUUCAAACAAGGCACGCAACUCGGUUACAGACAUGUUCUACUUCUCAGCUUUGGUCUUGGUACACUUUCUUUGUGUGCUGUGCUACUAAACCUUGACAUGGAAAUGGAUUCUCAAACAAAAGACUACAGAACAUUUACCGAACUUAUUCCCCUCUUUCUCCUUGUCCUAGUGAUGGUCAUUGUUCUCUUACCCUUUAACAUUUUGUAUCGGUCAAGCCGAUUUUUCUUCCUCUCCGUUCUGUUCCGCUGCAUCGCUGCACCACUCUAUAAGGUGAAUCUUGCGGACUUUUUCUUGGCGGAUCAACUAACAAGCCAGGUUCAAGCAGUGAGGAGUCUAGAGUUCUAUAUAUGCUACUAUGGAUUUGGAGAUUUCAGGCACAGAAGACGAAACACCUGCAGAUCAAAUGAUGUAUUCACAACAUUCUACUUCAUUGUAGGCGUUAUACCUUACUGGUCAAGAUUUCUUCAGUGCAUUCGAAGAACAUUCGGAGACAAAGAUCUGGGUCAUGUGUACAAUGCCAUCAAGUAUCUCUUGAUCAUCGUUGCUUCUUGUCUGAGAACAGCUUAUACUCUUAACAGAGGAAACACCUGGAACAUCACAGCUUGGGUUUUCUCAGGUGUUGCAACGUUUUAUGCAACUUACUGGGACAUUGUUGUUGACUGGGGAUUACUUCGAAGAGGAUGUAAGAACAGCUUCUUGAGGGAGAAGCUUCUUGUUCCUCACAAAACCGUGUACCACGCUGCAAUGGUCUUGAAUGUUGUGUUGAGGUUAGUGUGGUUGCAGACACUUCUGGAUUUGAAAUUCUCUUUCUUACAUAGAGAAACUAUGGUCGCGCUUAUGGCUUGCCUUGAGAUCGUACGCCGAGGUAUCUGGAACUUCUUCAGGUUGGAGAAUGAGCAUUUGAACAAUGUUGGGAGGUUCAGGGCGUUCAAAUCAGUACCCUUACCAUUCACCUACUAUGAAGAUGAACAUCAAGACAAUUAA